CUUUGCUGGGCAGCGCUUUCGGUCUCGGAGCGUCGGGCAAGUUUGGCGCGACUUGCGCAGGAGGACCCUGCGCUCAAGUGGAUGUGAUGUGCCCACACAGUUGGUUGGUGAUUUCCAAUAUGGCACUUAAGAGUGCCAUGAUGUCCACCAGUGAAUUUUUUGGCUCUGCUUGCUUAAUGAAUCUUGGAGAUGAAAUCCACAGAACAUUGAAUGGAACAGAAAACAAUGGGAACUUCAGAACACUAUCUACCACCUGUCAGACUUAAAUGCUGAGCUCAUCCAGCUAGGUCCUCAGCAGUGCUGUGAACUAUGGCUCCCUUCUUACGCAUAUCGUUCAACUCGUUUGAAUUAGGGCCUGUGCAGAACCAUGGGGAACAACUACAGCCAUUCUGUGCAAUAAAAAUGAAAGAGGCCUUAACUACAGAGAGGGGGAAAACCUUAAUUCAGAAGAAACCUACUAUGUACCCAGAAUGGAAAUCUUCUUUUGAUGCCCAUAUCUACGAAGGGCGUGUUAUUCAGAUUGUUCUUAUGAGAGCUGCUGAAGAGCAAUUAUCUGAGGUGACUGUAGGUGUGUCUGUUUUGGCUGAAAGAUGUAAGAAAGGCAACGGGAAGGCAGAAUUUUGGCUUGAUUUACAGCCACAAGGGAAGGUAUUGAUGGCUGUGCAAUACUUUCUAGAAGAUGGAGAUUGCAAGCAGUCAAUGAGGGAAGAUGCGGGAACUGUGACAAUAAAUAGAAGAGGAGCAUUCAAACAGGCCAAAAUCCACUACAUCAAAAACCAUGAAUUUAUUGCUACCUUCUUUGGACAGCCUACAUUUUGCUCUGUCUGUAGAGAAUUUGUCUGGGGGCUCAACAAGCAGGGAUACAAAUGUAGACAAUGCAAUGCUGCUAUUCACAAAAAAUGCAUUGAUAAAAUUAUUGGGAGGUGUACUGGUACUGCAGCAAACAGCAGAGAUACAAUGUUUCAGAAGGAGCGCUUCCACAUCGAUAUGCCUCACAGAUUCAAAGUCUAUAACUACAUGAGUCCAACAUUUUGUGAUCACUGUGGUAGUCUUCUCUGGGGACUGGUUAAACAAGGAUUAAAAUGUGAAGAAUGUGGAAUGAAUGUGCAUCACAAAUGUGAAAAGAAAGUGGCAAACCUGUGUGGUAUCAAUCAGAAAAUGAUGGCAGAAGCUUUAAAUCAAGUCAGUCAGAAAUCUACCAGAAGAUCUGAAUCUGGGUCAGUAGACAGUGUGGGCAUUUACCAGGAUUUUGAUAAGAAACCUAAAGUACUAAGUGGAGAUGCAACAGAUUAUAAUGAAUAUGAUAAGCUCUGGGAGGGGAAGUCAUUGUCACGACCAACCAGUCGGAGGAAAUUCAACAUAGACAGCUUCAUUUUCCACAAAGUUCUUGGGAAAGGAAGCUUUGGAAAGGUGCUGCUUGCCGAAUUGAAAGGAAAGAAUGAAUUUUUUGCUUUAAAAGCUUUGAAGAAAGACGUAGUACUUAUUGAUGAUGACGUGGAAUGCACCAUGGUAGAAAAGCGGGUCUUAGCACUUGCAUGGGAAAAUCCAUUUCUUACUCACCUUUACUGUACUUUUCAGGCUAAGGAACAUCUGUUCUUUGUUAUGGAAUUCCUUAAUGGUGGAGAUCUAAUGUUCCAUAUACAAGACAAAGGUCGUUUUGAUCUCUUCAGAGCUACGUUUUAUGCAGCUGAAAUACUGUGUGGUUUACAGUUUCUCCACAGCAAAGGCAUUAUUUACAGAGACCUCAAAUUAGACAAUGUAAUGCUUGAUAAAGAUGGUCACAUCAAGAUAGCUGAUUUUGGGAUGUGCAAAGAGAACGUGUUUGGAGAGAAUAAGGCGACAACUUUCUGUGGUACCCCUGACUACAUAGCUCCUGAAAUCCUGCAAGGGCUGAAGUAUACAUUUUCUGUUGACUGGUGGUCUUUUGGAGUCUUGCUGUAUGAAAUGCUUAUUGGACAAUCUCCUUACCAUGGUGAUGAUGAAGACGAGUUAUUUGAGUCAAUCCGAGUUGACACACCUCAUUACCCACGUUGGAUUACCAAGGAAUCUAAGGAUAUACUAGAGAAGUUAUUCGAAAGGGACCCAACAAAGCGAUUGGGAGUAACUGGAAACAUCAGAGAUCACUCUUUCUUCAAAACGAUUAAUUGGCCUUUGCUAGAAAGGAGGGAAGUGGAUCCACCUUUCAAGCCAAAAGUGAAAUCUCCAAGUGAUUACAGCAACUUUGACAGAGAGUUUCUGAGUGAGAAGCCUCGGCUAUCGCACAGUGACAAAAACUUAAUAGACUCCAUGGAUCAGUCUGCAUUUGCUGGGUUCUCUUUCAUCAAUCCUAAAUUUGAACAAAUUCUGGAAAAAUAGUCCUUAAAACAUAGCAGAACGUUUCGGUACAACUAUAAAUCAAAGCACUCCAUGUCAACUGUGAUCAAAGGAUAUACCAUCAUCUCUACAUCUUCAUUUUCAGUAAUGCUCAAUAAUGACAUUGUUAUACUGCUGAUCAUUUGGCAGUAGGCAGUAGCUUCAACUUGCAUGGGUGCAUUUAUGUAUCCUUAUCAAUCAUGCAUACGUGAUUUUUCUUUCCAACAGGAAGAAUGUAAGUUAUGUUUUUGGUUACUUGACUGUAGUUACCUAUUGGGAAAAGAAAUGUAUGUAUAUGCUGUAUAUUUUGCUUAAGGGGUAAAAGGUAGAUUAUUGAAGAGUGUCUUUUAAAUAAAGUGGAAAAGUUAGCCAGUUCUUUUAUGUCUUCAAAAGAAGUAACUUGAAUUUUUUUUAUUCAACUUAUUCUGGGCUUCAAAUAUUGCUAUUUUUAAUAGGUGCCAGUGAUGGAUGAGGUGCUUUGCAGGGUUUACAACCUUUUUAAAUAGUAUAUGUGUUUCUUAUUCUUGGGUAACCUAUUAAAGAUUAUGAGUCUUGCAGUUCUUAAAAAGUAGUGUGCCCUUACCUUGGUAGACCACUAUCACAUUGCUAAAACUUAAACUGAAUAUUAAAUACAAGGUCCCUCAAAUUCAUUAGGUCUUAGUUCUGAAUAAACCUCUGUAGAACUACUUGAGUGUCUUAAGUGAAAGUAGGUAUUUCUUUAUCUGAGGAAAAUCUAUCUGGAAUGUUGGACAGUUUCAUCUCACUCAUUACACUUUUUAACAGGAAUUUAUAUAUUCUGGGCUGACUACAAUUUUUGUUUCAGCUCAGGCCAAACAUAAGUUCAGCUUUAACACACUUGGGAGGUGGGAACUUGUUUGUAUAGAAAAAUGUGAAAUAUUCAUAGAAUAUUUACUUCAAUGCUGUAGCUUGAGAAUAGAUAUUUAAAUAUACUUUACAGAAAACCCUUUUCAGGAGAGGAAAAUCAGAAAAAAGCACUGUGAUAGCAGUGUGUUGAUUUGAUUUGCUGCUUGGUGUAGAAACUGAACAGACCAUAAAAAAUAACAAUGCACCGGUUCUCUUCCUACUGCAGUCCUAGCCUUUCUUUGCUUCCUGAUUUCUCUCCUCCAGUUUGGGAUGCCAUAUAAAAUCCAGCCUGGAUAGUGCAAGAUUCUGGACCCAACUGUAUUUUUAAAGUAAUAUGACAAAAAAGCAGUUUUGGACAUGCUGGACUUCAGGACAAAUGUUUUAUCAACCAUCAUGUUCACCACAGGCUGGUGGGGUACUCUGAAGGGCCUGCAUUGGCUUAUGUCCACUUUACUAAAGUACAGCCUGGUACUUCCUCUCACUACAAGGGUCCUAGACACUCCCAAAUGGGAAAUGCUUUUGUAUUGAUUUUACAACUCAUUGCUAAGCGUAACUGAAGUUGAUGAAUGCACCUGGACCUGCAAAAGGAGUUUAGAUUGAAACAUGUUUAAAACAGAGCAUUUUGUUAUGGGUACAAAUAAAACAAAAAUAAACUGGCAUAUUAAAGAAAA